AUGGACAAAGAGAAAGGUGCCCAUCCCCAAUCUCAAUCUCUCGACCACAAGACAUUAACGUCACCACCAACCACUGCCACCAUUGAUGACUCUUCUGUUGUUGAGGAGAGGGAUGAGAAUAAGUAUGAGGUUGAUAUUCAGAAGGAGAAGGUGAAUAACCUUAUGUUGAGUCUCGACAACGAGAAGCGGAAUGUUGAGAAGAUUAGGUUGGAUGUUGGGAGUUUGUUGGAGGAGAAGAUCGAGAAGGAAAGAAGGGUUGAAGAGCUUGAAAUUGAGAAAGAUUUGUAUGUGAAGAAGUUGGUUAAGUCCGAGAAGGUGAUUGAUGAGUUGAAGGAGAAGAUUGAUUUGUUGGUGAAGGAGACGAAUGCUAUUGAGAUUGUGAACAAUAAUCGGGGGAAGAAGAUCCUUGAUAUUGUUAUUAUAUUCCUUAUAAUUAUAUAA